AUGGUAAAAAGAGUAUACUUUGAGGUUCACGGGUUUGUCCAAGGUAAGUACUUUACGAGAAAGAAAGCCCAGCAGUAUGGCGUAACUGGGUGGUGCCGCAACACCAUUGAUGACACAGUCGAGGGUGAAGCCCAGGGCAACGAUGAUAUCAUGCAGAUGUUCUUUAAUGAUAUCAACAAAGGCCCAGGCCAUGCCAAUGUCACCAAAGUUACCAAGGAAGACCGCGACGUGGUGGAAGGGGACGGUCCGUUCGAAGUCCGUCGUUGA